UCCAGUCAAAAGGCGCAGCCAUGAAAGAUCCAAGUCGCAGCAGUACCAGCCCAAGCAUCAUCAGUGAAGAUGUGAUCAUAAAUGGUCAUUCCCAUGAAGAUGACAAUCCCUUUGCGGAGUAUAUGUGGAUGGAGAAUGAAGAGGAGUUCAACAGGCAGAUUGAAGAGGAGUUGUGGGAAGAAGAAUUUAUUGAGCGCUGCUUCCAGGAGAUGCUGGAAGAAGAGGAGGAGCACGAGUGGUUUAUUCCAGCCCGUGAUCUCCCACAAACAAUGGAUCAAAUCCAGGACCAGUUCAAUGACCUUGUUAUCAGUGACAGCUCAUCACUGGAGGAUCUGGUGGUCAAGAGUAAUCUGAAUCCAAACGCAAAGGAGUUUGUUCCUGGGGUGAAGUACUUAAAUAUUUGAGUAGACUGGGCCCUCUCUUGGUGGAUGUAGCACAAUUUCCACACUGUGAAGCCAGUAUUAGAAGAUUUAAUUGUAAAAGCUCUCUCUUCUUGUCACUGUGUUACACUUAUGCAUUGCCAAAGUUUUGUUAGUCUUGCAUGCUCAAUUAAAGUGCUGAGACUGUUACUAAGUAAAUCUGUCAAAAGUUUAAUGGAAACAUAAUUGGAUCCUGGCUCUGGAGAGGAGGACAGUGAGGUAAGAAAGCACCAGUCAAGUUAAGACAAAAGUACCACGUUAAUAAAAACCUUCUGUAGACUCUGUCUUUUUAAACAGGACUCUGGAA